AUGAUAGGGAAAGUGGAGCUCCCAGGGGCGAUGAAAACCCCAGACACCGUACCAAGGGUCCCCAGGGGCCCUAUGGCAUGCUUGAAAGGGAGCACUCUCAGGGGUCCUCCCAGGUACAGUGGCGCCCCCAGGAACAGCGGCGCCGCAGAGGCCCUCCCAGGGACGUCGGCGCCUCCAAGGGCCCUGCAAGGGACGGUGGCGCUAUUAGGGGCGCUGGCGCCCCCAGGGGUUCUCCCUGGGACAAUGUCACCCCCAGGGACCCCCAAGGAACGGCAGCGCCCUCAGGGGCCCUCCCAUAAACGGCAGCACCCUCGGGGCCCUCCCAGAAAUGGUGGCGACCCUAGGGGCCUCGCCAGAGGCGGUGGCACUCCCAGGAAGAGCGGCGCCCCCAUGGGCCUUCCCAAAGAUUGCGACGCUCCCAGUGGGCCUGGCAGGAGCGGUGGCUCCCCCAGGGGCCCUGCCAGGGGCGGUGGAGCCCCCUGGGUCUCUCCCAGUGACAGCAGCGCCCUAGGAGCCCUCCCAGCGACGGUAGCGCCUCCAUGGGCCCUGCCAGAGGCCUUGGCGCCCCCAGGAGCACUGCUAGAGGUGCUGGCAUAG